GUCUUAUCGCGACACCUGGCGAGGAACACGGACUGGUUCACAGACCAGACAAAGGUGGUCAGCAUGAAUGGAUGUUCAGUGAUCGCGUCUCUGACACUGAUAGCGGGGCUCCUAGACGUGGCUCUAGGGGGAGCCCGUUGCUUUCAGUGUCACGGAAUAGAGAACCCGCAAGACUGCAACACUGUUCGCGAAUGCCCUGGUGAUAUGCAUUGCCAUACCAGGAAAUAUUUCCACACAGAGACUGGCCGCUACUUAUAUGAUCUGGACUGCAAGGCGAAAACGCUGUGUGACAGUAUUGGCAGUCUGAGUGACGCUCCGGACCCAAUGUUUGAAAUAGAGUUCUGGACAUCAUGUUGUUAUGACAACUUCUGCAACAUCAACUUUGAUAACCAUGGCAAUCUCCUGCCUCCUGCAUUAAGGGUGAUGGUGUGCUACAACUGUCUGGGUAUCGCUGAUCCAGCGGACUGCCAUCACACGACCAAGUGUUCCGUGGGUGAAGUGUGCCAAACACACGAGAAGAUCAGCGACGUUGGGGGAGUGACCUUUGACAUGGGCUGUCUUCCACGACAGGUAUGUGAGGCGAUUGGACAUCACUUACCAUUUGGUCGACGCCACGUGGUGAAGCGCUACGAGUUGUGUCGGGGUUGCUGUGACGAGCGGAGCAACUGUAACAAUGAAUUCUGUUCUAUGAAGAAAGGGAUAACGAACAUGACAGCUAUUGGCACGCCUGUCGUCCCCGGCCAAACAGUAGGUCCUACAACGUCAACGAUAACUACACCAUCAACAACUACUACAACUUCUACGACUACAACUAGGCCUACUACAACGGGAGUCUACGACAAAUAUAAGCUGGUCGUCCGACCGGACCAUCAAACUGUGGUUGUGGGAUCCACUGCUAUCUACAACUGCAAGUUCAACCCUGAGACAAAUGAAACAAUGUCAAUGACCUGGUCCUUUACGAACCUGAGUGGAAAUGUUCAACACAUCUACACUAACGACGUCCAACCCCCGGAGCUCACCUUCCACGUGAAGUCAGUGGAGGCCACGGACGAAGGAUCAUACACGUGCGAGGCAAAAUUCGGAAGCCACUCCUGGUCCGCUUCAGGAAACCUAUCUGCAAUUGCUGGAAAUCUGGAGAUCAUUCAAGGCCCUUUGUCACAAACUGUACAAGCAGGACGGAGAGUGACAUUUAGCUGCACCGUCAGCGGUAACCCAACGCCCUCCAUCAUAUGGCAGUUUGUGCACGGGACGUCCCACAGCAACAUCACCGACGGCGUUACGACGACUCCGACAGGCAGUCAGAUGGUCAUAGAUGCCGUAGCUAAAGGGGAUGAAGGCGUUUACAAGUGCCUCUCAAGUAACUUAGUGGGUUCCAAGGAAUCACUGGCUGUGCUGACGGUGGAGGAUAUACCGACUAUAGUGCAGGCCCCUCGGGAUCAGCAGGUCAAGCUCCACGACGCGGUGGCGCUGAGAUGUGUUGUUACGGGAACACCUAAACCAAGAGUUCAGUGGACGUUUUCCUCGCCAACAGGCUCCACCUUUAUUCCCCCUGGGACAGUAAUAAAUAUCGAUGACUCCAUUGAUAUUCCUCAAAUGACAAACAGCCACGUGGGGACAUGGACAUGUCUGGCAACCAACUUGCUGGGGCAAGUUGCCGCUUCUGCUGCCCUGAGUCUUGUCUGAACGACCUCCUAGGCUGAGAUCAAACAACGACGCCAGUACUGUAAUUUAUUAAAUACUUUUCAAACUGUU